GUUUUCUAUACCUCCCUCUUCCUCAACCCAUUUUUAAACAAUCACUCACUUUCACAUGACUAAAUGAGAUAGCAAGUUUCGUCUUUCGGAAUGAUCAGCAAGCUGGACAGUGUGCUGCUGACUCAGAAGAAAUUUAUCUUCCAUUAUAAGAAUGUGCGCUGGGCCCGUGGGAGAAACGAGACUUACCUUUGUUUUGUGGUGAAGAGACGGACCGGCCCUGACUCACUCUCUUUUGACUUCGGACACUUGCGCAAUCGCUCCGGCUGCCAUGUAGAGCUGCUCUUCCUGCGGUACUUGGGGGUGCUGUGUCCAGGCCUGUGGGGUUCGAGCGUGGACGGUGCAAGAAUGUGUUAUUCAGUGACCUGGUUCUGCUCCUGGUCGCCCUGCUUUAAAUGUGCACGACAACUUGCCCACUUCCUGUCGCAGACGCCCAACCUUCGGCUGAGAAUCUUUGUGUCACGCCUUUACUUCUGUGAUGAAGAGGACAGCCAGGAGAGAGAAGGACUAAGACACCUGAAGAGGGCAGGAGUGCAGAUCUCUGUUAUGACGUAUAAAGACUAUUUCUACUGCUGGCAAACAUUUGUUGCACGGAGGGAGAGGAGCUUUAAACCCUGGGAUGGUCUUCACCAAAACUCUGUGAGACUGGUUCGAAAACUCAGUCGGAUCCUUCAGCCCUGUGAGACUGAGGAUCUGAGAGACAGUUUUGCUCUCCUCGGGCUGUGACCACAAAUAUGAGAUUCUCAAAUCAAUGAACACUGAGAUAUGAACAGAGUAAAAUGAAGAAAUGGUGCUGUCUGACCUGAGACUUGAAUCUUUUGACUUGAAUUUGAAUUAAUACUGAUAUUAUACUGUAUAGCAUUAAUGUGAUUAUGUUGGAUGUCACUCAAAAUCAAAUAAAAGCUGAGA